AAAUGAUAAUUUCAAUCUCUAGACACAAAAUGAAUGUGUAACGCAAAAAAUUGGAUGAAUUUAUUACGAUUGUUUCUAAUAACUCCUUGGCUCGUCGCGCACAUAUUUUCUCUCGUCGUACAUAUAUAAUAUCAUGGCUAUAGUUUUUUUAUUCAAGCAUCCUCUGAUGUUCUACUGAUCUCACAAGUAAUUAGUCCCAUCUCGAACAGUUGUGUAUCGUUUGCAUUCCCUAUCGGCAUUAUCAAUUAACAAACUUCCCCGUAUUAAUUUCAAUAUCGUAGACAUUAAUUAUAUUUUAAAUGGAUCCCCUCAAAUUGUUUGCUUUAACGUUGAUGAUGUACUCAUCAGGACUUCACGGCGAGGAUAAUUUUUUGGACACUCCUGGAAGCAUUCAAUUGCUCAGAAAUAUGAAAGAAUUAAUUGCCAAUAUUAUCGGUAAAACUUCAGAACCAGAUAAUCCGGUGUACAAAGAAGCCCAAAAAUUAGGACACAUCCAGCCCCAAAUGUCGAAUGACACUCCAUUUCCAUGUGAUGUUUCAGAUGGUAGAUCGCAACGUGUGCCGACUUCUAUACAUAAAUUAAAAGCAGGUGACAUUGACAUAAUUGGAGCGAUGGGCGAUUCUCUGACCGCUGGAUUUGGUAUAUUUGCCACUAAUAUAUUCAAUAUAGUUGUGGAAAACCGAGGUGCCUCGGCCUACGGUGGAGGGCAGAGAAAUUGGCGAGAAUUAUUGACCCUGCCCAACAUCCUCAAGGAAUACAAUUCUAAUUUGUACGGAUAUGCAACUGAUGACUCAUUCUCUCAUCAAUCAUCAUCACAUUUUAAUGUCGGCGAGAGUCUGGCGAUGUCCAGAGAUCUUCCCUACAUGGCAAAUAAUCUCAUACAGAGAAUGAAAAGUGAUCCGCGAGUUGACAUCGAAAAUCACUGGAAGGUCAAUAAUUAUUACGAAAAUCAUUAG